AUGAUCAUCCAGUGGCUGGUUUCGCUGCUCUUCGCCGUCGGAGUAGUUGAAAGUUAUGAUGCCGGCGAGGAGUUGAGUUGUAAGCGUCGUCAUGGUGGAAUUCCCCUACCGCUUGGAGUGUUCACUGUUCAAAAAGAAGGCUAUCCAGAUGCUCUUCCAGCAAUUCGAACCGCCCUUUCUCAUGUUCAUACCAGAUCAUGUAUUCUUCAAGGAUAUCGUCUGGAAAUGAUAGUCAAAGACACCCAUUGCAAAACAUCACAAGGAAUGAAGGCGUUGUUCGAUUUGAUUGCUUCCAGACCAAGACCCGUGGCUAUUCUUGGAGGGCAAUGUACUGAAGUCAAUGAACCGAUUGCAAUGGCUCUCAAAUAUUGGCAAAUUGUUCAGCUAUCAUAUGCAGAGACUCAUGCCAAAUUCGCCUCCUCUGAUUCCCACGAAUUGUUUCCUACCUUCUUUCGAGUUGUGCCUGGAAGUCGAAAUACGAAUAUGGCAAAGUGCAAGUUUGUGAAUCAUUUUGGGUGGAAACGAGUCGGGACGGUGAAGCAGAAUGAUCAACCGAGAUACGCGUUGCCCCACGAAGCGUUGACGACUCGUCUGGAACAUGGUUUUGGAGUGAAGAUAGUUCAUACCGCAGGUGUAAAUUGGGAACAAAUCGAGACUGUCGGUGCAGAACUAGAUGAGCUAAAGGAGAGAGAUGUCCGAAUUAUUCUUGUGGACGUGGAUGAGGAAAUGGCUGCUACAGUACUCUGCGCAGGCUAUCAUCGGGGAAUGUACGGGGAUAAUUAUGUAUGGAUUCUACCUGGAUAUCACUCGGAUAGAUGGAUGAACAAAACAAAUGACAAUUGCACAAAUGAGGAGAUGAAAGAGGCUGCGAGGAAUCAUUUUUCGGUUGAAUUCGCAUUGUCGAGAAGAGAUGUUGAUACGAAGAUAGUUGGAAACACGAGAGCUGGAGAUGUAUGGAAAGAAAUCAGUGAUCUGGAUCCGAACAACACCUGGAGAGGAUAUCUUUAUGAUGGCCUAUGGACUCUGGCCAUUGCAUUGAGUCAUUCGAUGGGUGAAAAUGCUGAAUUCUCUCAUCAUAAAAUGAUUGAAGCAAUUGAUAAUUCAUCCUUUCAAGGGUUAACGGGUAAAGUAAAGUUUGCCAAUAACGAAAGGCUCGGGUUGGUAGAUAUAAUGCAGUGGUCUGAAGACCAUUAUGUUCCAUUUGCAAUGUACGAUGGAGCAGAAGACGAGUUCAGAAUCAUUGAUAGUGAAACUAAAGGAUGGUCACCUCCAUUGGAUUCAACGAUCACUGAACGACGGCGGGAGCAUAUUUCAUCGUUGUUGUUUUUGGCAAUGUCACUUUUAGCAUUGAUUGGUAUUUUCUUGGCACUUAUAUUCUUACUGAUCAACUUUAGAUACCGUAAUCACAGAUUCAUCAAAAUGUCCUCUCCAAAUCUGAACAACAUCAUUAUUGCUGGCUCAAUCUGUACCUUUGCAUCAGUGAUAAUGUUAGGAUUGGACACUCGAAUAGUAUCUCCAGAUGUUUUUGUUUGGUUAUGUUAUAUGAAGACAUGGACACUGUGUCUUGGAUUCACAUUGUCGUUUGGUGCAAUGUUUUCAAAGACAUGGAGAGUUCAUUCAAUAUUCACCAAUAUUCGGAUGGAUCGGAAAGCAAUCAAAGAUUCGAAAUUGUUCCUGAUCCUUGGAGUUCUUCUAUUUAUCGACAUCUGUGUUCUUGUCACAUGGGCUUUCAUUUCACCGUUCUCAUAUACAGUUACGGAGCUUCCACACAUUCCAGAAGACAACAUUGUGAUAAUCCCAGAAGUGGAAAAGUGUUAUUCAUCGAAUUCAGGAGUCUUUCAAGCAGUUCUUUAUGCAGUAAAAGGAGUUCUCAUGAUCCUUGGAUGUUUCCUCGCUUGGGAAACACGCCAUGUAAAUGUUCCAGCUUUAAACGACAGCAAAUACAUUGGAACCAGUGUCUAUUGCUGUGUGGUCAUGAGUGUUUUAGGACUAUCAACGAGUGUAAUUUUACAAGAACGGGUCAACGAAAUGUUCAGUCUUGCCUCAUUUUUUGUCAUUUUCUCCACAACUCUCACACUUUGUCUCGUUUUCGUUCCAAAGGUAAUUGAAUUGGCUCGAAAUCCAGUUGGCAACGAGCCAAGAGCUUAUCGACGAGGACUUAUGAAGAGUGUAGUCGCCAAAACUUCGCAACCAAUGUCUCCCCAACCGAGAUCGUAA